UAAAACCCUAAUUUUCAUUUCAUCACUCAAAAUCUCACUGCAUUUUUUCGUUUUCAAUUUCAAAUCUCAAACCUUUGAUUCGUUCUUUCACAGCAAUGAGAAAUCAAUGGCGUCUUCUUCAUCUUCUUCUUCGCAAUCACCACAAAAUUCUCAAUCAAUCUCAGGUACUUCGCUCUUUCUCUUCAAUUCCUCUUCGUUUCACUACUAAUCAAUCCAAAUUCCCUAUAAACCCUAGUUUCCGUAAUUUCUCAUCCGAACCCGUUCUCGCAAACGUUGAUUCUGAUCACUCUGUCAUCGUUGAUAUAUUCUCGAAAUCCAGAGAUCUUAAUGACGUUAAGAAUCAACUGGAUUCGAAUCAGCUUUCGAUUAAUCAUGAUGUGGUAAACGCUGUUUUGCGGAAGCUUGAUUCUGAUCCCGAUUCGGCACGGAGGUUCUUUCAAUGGGUAUUGGAAAACCAUCCUGAAAGGUUGAGCUCUAAAUCGUAUAAUCAACUUUUGGGCGUUUUGGGGAUAAAUGGAGUUGUUGAAGAGUUUUGGGAUUUGGUUGGGGUUAUGAAGAAAAAGGGUUUCGGUGUUUCGAAAUGGGUGAAAGAUAGAACUUUGGAUUAUUUUGAAAAGAAUGGAAUGAAUGGUGAUGCUUUGAAGUUGAAGGAAUUGUUUGAUAAUGACACUGUUGAGAGGAAAUUUACUAAUUUGUGUAGGAUUGUGAGGAACAAUGUGUGGAGUGAUGAUGUUGAGAAAGAAAUUAGGGAUUUGAAUGUUGGGUUUUCUAGUGAAUUGGUUAAGCUGGUUUUGGAGAAUUUAGGUUCGGAGCCGAAUAAGGCGUUGAUAUUUUUUAGGUGGGUUGAGGAGAGUGGAGUUUUUAAGCAUGAUGGAUGUACUUAUAAUGCGAUGGCUAGGGUGCUUGGUAGGGAGGAUUCAAUUGAUCGGUUUUGGAAGCUUGUUGGUGAUAUGAGGAGUGCUGGAUUUGAGAUGGAAGUAGAGACUUUUGUUAAGGUUUUGGGUCGGUUUUGUAAGAGGAAAAUGAUUAAGGAUGCUGUUGAGCUUUAUGAGUUUGCUAUGGCCGGUGCUGAUAAGCCUUCGCCGCCGUGCUUUACCUUUUUGUUGAGAAAGGUUGUUUCUUCUAAGGAGUUGGAUAUGGGUUUGUUUUCAAGGGUUGUGAAAGUUUUUACCGGAAAUGGAAAUGCUUUGACAGAUUCCAUGGCUGAUGCCGUACUCAAGUCUUUAACCAGCGUUGGUAAGAUUGGUCAGUGGAAUAAGGUUUUGAAAGAAAUGGAAGAUUCUGGGUUUGUUGCUAGUGGUAGUUUGCGGAGUAAAAUUGCUUUUCGACUCGGUGCUACUGGUAACAAGGAACAAGCUAAUGAGUUUGUGAAUAGAAUUGAAGCAUAUGGAUCUCAUCCAGAUCACAAGAUGCGGCAAUCUUUAGUUGAGGGGCAUUGUGUAGGUGGGAACCUUGAUAAGGCCUUUGAUUCUUUCAAAGAGAUGGUUGAGAAAGAGGGAGUAGAAUCUGUGGGCUAUACCUUUGAUUUGUUGAUGAAUUCGUAUUGCCAAAUGAAUAGAGCAAAAGAUGCAUGCGAGAUUCUUUGCCAAUGGGUGAAUGAAAAAGAGUUAAAGCCCCGACAUUCUACUUACAAGCUGCUUGUAACCAACUUAUUGGCUCAAGGAGGAUUCACCGAUGCCUUAAAUAUUUUGACUUUAAUGAAAGACCAUGGAUUUCCUCCUUUUACUGAACCCUUGAUCGAACACAUAUCAAAGCGUGGAAGUGGUGAUGACGCUGUUCUGUUACUCGAGGCAAUGACCUCAAAGUACAUACCACCAAAACCUAGAACUAUUGAUGAGGUGAUUCAGUUAAACAGGGAGCUAAUGGCCUCAAAGAAGUUUCCAUCUACAUCUGUGUACCACGUACUGUUUAACGCCUUCUUCAAGCAAGGAAGGCAUGAAGAAGCACAAAAUUUCCUUUCCAAAUGUCCAAGCCACAUUCGUAAUGACGCUGAUGUCUUGGAUCUCUUUUGUUCCAUGAACUCUAAAGAAGCUUCUGAUUCUGGUUUGUUGGCUGCUUAAGUUUACAAAAUGUAUCUCAUAUUGUACUCUCCAGAAGAUUUUUGCAAUGACAAUUGUUCAAAAAUUUCGUGGACUUUGUAGUUCUCUCGUCAUUCUGGUUUACUAGACUGUCUCAAUAUAGAUUGUAGAUCAAGAUCAUGUUAUAUGAGCAGCAUUUUUACACAUACAAAAAUGGUACGAUUUGUUCCUGCAUGAAGUUGCCCCUGUUUGUUAUUUUGAAUAGGAUUUUUAUCAGAUAUUGAUGCCUUCAAUGUAUUGUGUAACUUUAUGGUAAUGCAACACAUUUCAAGGGUUGUUGUUAAACUUGGUUAGUUGUUAAUAUGGUUUUUUGAGCAAUCACAUGGUUUCAUGUGGAACCUUAACCGUUUAGGAGCAUAGGAUUGAUGGACCAAAACAAUUGAAAUUAUGUUUUACUCUGUAGUUUAGACCAUUUCCUAUUAAUAAAGUGGUGAUUAUGGAACCAAAAAAAAAGUGG